CUAAGGGCAAAAAAUCUUGCACAGGUAAAAUAUACAACUAAGAAAAUUCCACGUAUACUAUUUCCAAACCACAUUCAUUCCCUUUAAAUUACUUUACUUCCUCUACAAAUCAAACCCGUUCAAUUCUUUUCCUGAGCCAUUCGUCUCUCUGAGUAAUCAGCUCUAUACGGAGGAAUUUAAAAUGGCUGCAACAUCGGCAUGUGUAGUGGGAAAUGGUUUAUCUAUACACAGUACUCAAACAAGUUUGAGCAAGGAAAUUUAUGGAAAGCAGUUUCUCCAAUCGACUCACCUUCCAUCAUUGAGUAAGACAUCAAAAACAGUCACAGUGAGAGCAUCAGUGGAUCAAAGGCCAAAUGAAGGAAGAAGAGCCUUUCUAAAAUUGUUGCUUGGAAAUGCUGGACUUGCCACUCCUGCAUUACUAGGCAAUGGAAAAGCGUUUGCUGAUGAGCAAGGUGUUUCUAACUCAAGGAUGUCUUAUUCAAGGUUUUUGGAGUAUCUGGAUAAGGAUCGGGUGACAAAAGUAGACUUGUUUGAAAAUGGAACCAUAGCAAUAGUUGAGGCUAUCUCUCCAGAGUUGGGUAACCGAAUGCAGAGAGUUCGUGUACAACUCCCAGGACUCAACCAGGAGCUCCUUCAGAAGUUCAGAGAAAAGAAUAUUGACUUUGCUGCCCACAAUGCUCAAGAGGACUCUGGCUCUCUUUUAUUCAACUUGAUUGGAAACUUGGCCUUCCCUCUUAUCCUGAUUGGGGGUCUUUUCCUUCUCUCAAGACGGUCCUCUGGAGGAAUGGGUGGACCUGGGGGGCCAGGUUUUCCACUUGCCUUUGGUCAAUCAAAGGCUAAGUUCCAGAUGGAACCAAACACUGGUGUAACAUUUGAUGAUGUAGCUGGAGUGGAUGAAGCAAAGCAAGAUUUUAUGGAGGUUGUAGAGUUUCUGAAGAAGCCUGAGAGGUUUACUGCUGUGGGUGCACGAAUCCCUAAGGGAGUUCUGCUUGUUGGUCCUCCAGGUACUGGAAAGACGUUGCUAGCCAAGGCAAUUGCUGGGGAAGCAGGUGUUCCAUUUUUCUCAAUUUCAGGUUCCGAGUUUGUUGAGAUGUUUGUUGGUGUUGGUGCCUCACGAGUCCGUGAUCUUUUCAAGAAGGCCAAGGAGAAUGCUCCUUGCAUUGUAUUUGUCGAUGAAAUUGAUGCUGUUGGGCGUCAAAGAGGAACUGGAAUUGGUGGUGGAAACGAUGAAAGGGAACAGACUCUGAACCAGCUAUUGACAGAAAUGGAUGGUUUUGAAGGGAACACUGGUAUUAUUGUAAUUGCGGCAACCAACCGUGCGGAUAUUCUUGACUCUGCAUUGUUGAGACCUGGAAGAUUUGAUAGACAGGUAACUGUUGAUGUCCCGGAUAUUCGUGGAAGAACAGAGAUCUUAAAGGUCCAUGCUGGAAAUAAGAAGUUUGAUUCUGAUGUAUCUCUUGAAGUGAUAGCCAUGAGGACACCUGGUUUUAGUGGAGCAGAUCUUGCUAAUCUCUUAAAUGAGGCUGCUAUUCUGGCGGGUCGACGUGGAAAGUCUGCAAUCUCAUCUAAAGAAAUUGAUGAUUCAAUUGAUAGGAUAGUAGCUGGAAUGGAAGGGACAGUUAUGACAGAUGGCAAAAGCAAAAGUCUCGUAGCAUACCAUGAAGUAGGCCAUGCCAUCUGCGGAACGCUAACUCCAGGGCAUGAUCCUGUUCAAAAGGUCACUUUGGUACCACGUGGUCAGGCUCGUGGUUUGACCUGGUUCAUUCCUGCAGAUGACCCUACCUUGAUAUCCAAGCAGCAACUCUUUGCCAGAAUUGUUGGUGGGCUAGGUGGAAGAGCUGCUGAAGAAAUCAUAUUUGGUGAGCCUGAAGUGACUACAGGGGCAGCUGGUGAUUUACAACAGAUUACUGGUUUGGCCAGGCAGAUGGUUGUCACUUUUGGCAUGUCCGAAUUAGGGCCAUGGUCGCUCAUGGACUCCUCGGGUCAAAGUGCUGAUGUCAUCAUGAGAAUGAUGGCAAGGAAUUCAAUGUCAGAGAAACUUGCUGAAGAUAUUGAUGUUGCCGUUAAGAGGAUUUCAGAUAGUGCAUAUGAGAUCGCCUUGAGGCAAAUCCGGAACAGCCGUGAAGCAAUGGAUAAGAUAGUGGAGGUCCUUCUUGAGAAGGAAACAAUGAGUGGAGAUGAAUUCCGAGCAAUGCUUUCAGAAUUUGUCGAGAUUCCUGCUGAAAAUUGCGUUAGUCCUACACCUUCUCCUGUAACUGUAUAAUAGCCUGAAUAAAUUGGGCAACCCCAGAGCAAAUCCCAAUUACAAAUCCCAAAUUGAUCUGAUGCUCUAUAUGAUUUUUUUUACUUCUGAUAGAGCAAUUCCCACAGAGAGUUUUCUGUCCAAAGAUUUAGAUUUAUAGCUUUGUAUUUCAUAUGAAUAUUAGUGUAGUCAAUGGAGUAUCUUUUUUAAAUUUUAGAUGAGAUAGUUCAAUAUAAGACAGCCGUGAAAAUUAUAAAUGUGACAUAUAUGGAUAACUUGAUGCUGGGAUGGUGCAUGAACACUGCAUAUUUUUUA